GAGUGGGAUGCCUUGGCGUCUUCCUCUGAGAGCUGCGGAGUCGGUGCUGAGCUGGGCGAGGAUAACUUCGGCCGGCAGUCCACACCGAGUCAUAUCGAGGUCGGUGUGAGCUGCGACGCGGAUGUUUUGGUGGAUCCCAACCUCCUGCGUUGCUGGUCAUGGUGUUUCUUCUUCUUGGAGAUGUGGGUCAGCAAUUUUUGCCUCUGCCUGUGCGUGGCCAGAGGUGAUUGGAGCAUCUGCUUCCUCCUGUCACUGCCGCACUUACUGCUGGUUGGCAUGGAGGUUGAGCUGAUCAGCCGCGACUGGGCCUUCCGCCGAAACCUCUUCACCCUGCGCCGGCACUCGCCGCUGAAAGCGUUUUUCUUCAAGUACAUCGUCUUUGCCGUGUUCGGAUUGCUGAGCUGCCUGCCGGUGGUCCGCGCGCGCCAGUGCUGGAAGCAGCGUGGGAUGCGCCCGUCCUUGGUGGACGAGAUCGAGGAGCCCAGCGCCACAGAUUCGGCCCGCUUUGAUAGCCACGUAAUGCUGGUGACGAAUGUGCCCCGGAUCAUGGUGCUUCUCUAUGCUUCCACCUGUCUUCUGUACUCGAAGCUGCAGCUGUCUAUUCUCCUCUCUAUGGCCUUCCUGUCCCUCGUGAAUGUGCUGCAAGCUGCCGUGAACUUCGACUACUACGCCUCGAGCUGGAUUCGCCGGCAGUACGAGCGCGUCUCGGAGUCGGUCAUGUUCCACGUGCUGCACCACAGCUACCGGCUCGUCGAGUUGGCCCUGAGGAUCCUCACUCUACUCGGAUUUGCCGUGGUCCUGAGGAACCAGGCGCUGUUGGGCGUUUGUCUCCUCGCCUUGGACUACUUGCUUG